CUCUUAAAUUAAACUCUUAUGAGCUUUUUUUGUUGUUAUCAUUAUAUUUGUCUAAACAAAUGUACCUUUAGUUGUACCAGGCUAAUACCUAGGUGGUCUAAUAAAUUUUCCCAUGACUGUAUGUGUAAAAACAUGAUAAAACACAAUCUCACACUAUCUUUUUCUGUUAUCCUCAGCAGCCUACUUAAAAAUGGCACACACAAUAGAGUAGCAGUGAUCUGCACAAGAGCCACCGCAGGGAUGAAUCUGUCUGAUGGGUCCUCCUACCAAGUGGAGGUGCUGAGUAACUCCACCUGGGCUUUCAACUAUAACCCCAACUACACCGUGCCCCCUCCACUGGUACCAGACAAGACCAGCACUUCCAAACCUGCAGCAUGUGAACAGGUUCACAUUGCCGUAGAGGUCUUUUUGAUCCUGGGUAUCAUCUCCCUUCUGGAGAACAUCCUGGUCAUCACAGCCAUAGUAAAGAACAAGAACCUCCACUCACCCAUGUACUUCUUUGUCUGCAGCCUGGCUGUAGCAGACAUGCUGGUGAGCGUGUCCAAUGCCUCGGAAACCAUCAUCAUUUACCUCCUCAACAACGGACAGCUGGUGGUGGAGGAUCACUUCAUCCGACAGAUGGACAAUGUGUUUGAUUCCAUGAUCUGCAUCUCAGUUGUGGCGUCAAUGUGUAGCCUGCUUGCCAUUGCUGUGGACAGGUACGUCACUAUCUUCUAUGCACUGAGAUACCACAACAUCAUGACAAUGAGGAGAGCUGGCUUCAUCAUCGGUGGAAUCUGGACGUUCUGCACGGGCUGUGGGAUUGUCUUCAUCGUCUACUCAGACACCACCCCUGUCAUCAUUUGCCUGGUCUCCAUGUUCUUUGCCAUGUUGCUAAUCAUGGCCUCUCUUUACAGCCACAUGUUUAUGCUGGCGCGUUCACAUGUCAAGCGAAUUGCCGCGCUGCCCGGCUACAACACCAUCCACCAGCGAACCAGCAUGAAGGGGGCCAUCACACUCACCAUAUUGCUGGGGAUUUUCAUUGUGUGCUGGGCUCCCUUCUUCCUCCACCUGAUCCUGAUGAUCUCAUGCCCGCGGAACCUCUACUGUGUGUGCUUCAUGUCUCACUUCAACAUGUACCUCAUUCUCAUAAUGUGCAAUUCUGUGAUUGACCCGCUGAUCUAUGCCUUCAGGAGUCAGGAGAUGAGGAAGACUUUUAAGGAGAUUGUGUGUUGUUACAGCCUGAGAAAUGCCUGCACUUACACCUGCACUCUGACGGACAAGUACUGAGAGACACAGACUUAGGAGACCAAUGACAGGAUUUGUGGGGUGAACUGACUGAAUCUGACGCUGGAGCACAAUCAUAAGAGAUUUUAAAAUACAGGUUGUUUUUUUAAUGGUUCAUUGCACUUUUCAGCCAGUACCAUGUAUUGUCUUCUGUCAAGUAUAAAUUGGAAUGGGGACCCUCACCGUAUGUAGGGAGUGGGUGAGCUCACCCACUCCCUCUCCAGAGACACAUCACACCCAUCCUUCAGCACCUUCACUGGCUUCCUAUCAAGCACCAAAUCCACUUCAAGAUCCUGCUCAUCACCUACAAAGCCCCAAAUUACUUUGCUCCCCCAUACCUCACAGAUCUCCUCCAAUGUCACUCUUCAGAUCUUCCGAUGCCAACCUACUGACCCCCAUCACCAGGACCAAGCACGACACCGUUGGCGACAGAGCCGUUUCUACUGCUGCCCCAACCCCCUGGAACUCCCUCCUGACACACAUCCGAAAUCCAGACCCACUCCACACCUUCAAAAAUCAACUCAAACCCCACCUUUUCAAGAUAGCUUACAGGACCUGAACUCAUAAUCUCUCAAUUCUGUUUUUGUUCUUUUUUUUCGGCAUUGUGUGUCUCAACUUUGUUGUUAGGCGACUUUGAAUACCUUUUAAAAGCACUAUAAAAAUCAAAUGUAUUAUUAUUAUGAUUGUUAAUAACUACUAUCUUCUAUUGUACCCAAUAGUAUGUCACUAUGUUCUGGACCCCUUGUAUUUCGCAACAGCGCCCCCUACUGGACGAAUGUAAAACUGCAACUAAAUCAGCAUCUCACCCAAACACCACUUUUUGAAAUAAAUUACACUUGUAUUACAAUUUACAAUUUUACAAGACCUGAAUAAAAAUACUAAGAUUUAUUUAUUGACCAAGUAUGACAUUUUAAAGGGUAUUUAUAUCAUCAAUUCGAACAGUUUAAAGGUUUAGUACACCCCAAUACUAAACAGUUGGACUAAACAACUUUAUUGGGCAAAACAUUAAAUUUUUCAAAUGUAGUUUUUGCGCUCUGAACACCACAAGACGAGUGUGAACUCGAUGAAAUGCUCAAUGUGCUGCAACUACAUCUAGUUGC